AUGUUAACCAAUGAUGAAAUACAAAAUUAUACAAUUAAUGAAAAUGAGCUUUCCUAUGUUAAAAAACAUGAUAAUCUUUUAGCAACAACUAAAAAACCAUUUCCAGUUUUAUUAACAUUUCAAAUGGUAAGAGAAAUUACAUUUUUUAUAUUACAAAAUAAGUGUAAUUUAAAUUCAAAGCUUAUUCCAGAACAACCAGACAUUAGAUACAACUAUAAUUUCAUUGAUGGAAGUAAACAACUUAGAUGUUAUCAACUAUCGGAAGGUGGCUAUUUCUAUUUCCUUCCUUAUGAAUUAAUGGUUUUCAAAAGUGCAGAUUCUCAUAUUCAAUAUUUAAAUAAUACAGCUUCAAAUGCCAGAGUUGUAAUCCCUUGUAAAAGUAAAUUCAUCACUAGUUUCUAUAAAUUAUUAUUCGAUGGUUUAGUUGGUCUAAUCGAUACUUCAAAUCCAUAUGUUCAACAAGUUAUUAAUCAACAUAAAAUUGUAUUACCAACAAAUAAUAUUCCAUCAUAUAUUACAAAUAAUACUUGUAUUUCUGAUAAUAAUAAUAAUAUUAAUAAUAAUAAUAUUAAUAAUAAUAAUAUUAAUAAUAAUAUUAAUAAUAUUAAUAAUAGCAAUAAUAAUAAUAAUGGUAAUGGUGGUAAUUCAAUUAAACAAAAAAAGCAGCAAAAUAAUUCAAACAAAAGUCCCAAAAAAUUAGAUACAAAUAAUUCUAAGAAAAUUAAAUUUAUAAAUGAAGAUACAAAUUCUUUCAAUCAAAAUUACCAUAAUAAUAAUAAUAAUAAUAAUAAUAAUAAUAAUAAUAAUAAUAAUAAUAAUAAUAAUAAUAAUAAUAAUAAUAAUAAUAAUAAUAAUAAUAAUAAUAAUAAUAGUAGCAAUAGUAGUUAUAAUAGCAAUAAUCAGAUAGUUAAUUAUAAUAAUAAUAAUAAUAAUAAUUAUAAUAGUGGACUAUUUAUAGAUGAAGGAUCACCAUAUUCAGAUGGUGAGAACAAUCAUAUCACAUCGCCAAAUCUAAGAUCAAAUCCUGAAGAAAUUUAUUACCCUGAUAACAAACAUAAUAUUAGCACCAUUAAUAAUAGUAAUAACAAUAAUAAUAAUAAUAAUAAUAAUAAUAAUAAUAAUAAUAAUAAUAAUAAUAAUAGUAAUAAUAGUAAUAAUAAUAAUAAUAAUAAUAAUAAUAAUAUUAAUAAUAAUAAUAACUAUAAUAAUCGCCAAAAUAAUGGCUAUAAUAAUAAUAAUAAUAAUGAUAAUAAUAAUAAUAAUAAUAAAAAUAAUAGCAAUAUUGAUAGAAAUGAUUCAGGCUAUAAUCGUGAUAGUCCAAUUACUGUAACACAAACAAAUGAAUCUUAUUGUCAAUCUCCUCCACCCUCUUAUCAUUAUGAUACUGAACAACCUUCAACAUUGUUUAGAUCAAGAGCAACAACUCCUGACCAUAACCAUCACCAUCUUCAUCAUAAUAAUCAACAUCACCAUCAUUUUGAAAGUAGUAGUAGUAGUCAUAGUGAUGACGAGAAUAUUGGUAGUAAUUUAAAUAACAGUGCCAACAAUAACAAAAACUAUUUAAAUAAUAAUAAUAAUAAUAAUAAUAAUAAUAAUAAUAAUAAUAAUAAUAAUAAUAAUAAUAAUAAUAAUAAUAAUAAUAAUAAUAAUAAUAAUAAUAAUAAUACAAAUAAUAUUGGUACCAAUAAUAAUAAUAAUAAUAAUAAUAAUAAUAAUAAUAAUAAUAAUAAUAAUAAUAAUAAUAAUAAUAAUAAUAAUAAUAAUAAUAAUAAUAGUAAUAUUAAUAAUAUUAUUAAUAAUAAUAAUUCAAAUAAUGGAAAUGAUAUACUAAGUUUUUCAAAUUAUAAUAAUCAAGAAAGGGCAAAUUGUAAAUUAACUAUAAAAACUCUGCCACAUCCUCAUAAAAGUAAUAAUAAUAGUAUUAAUACAUCACCAUUACAACCAAGUUCACCACCAACAUCUUUAUCAACAUCUCCAACAAUUUCUUCAACCACACCACCAUCAUCUUCUUCAUUACCAUUAAAAGAUAGUUGUAGUAGUGAUAGUUCAAUUUUAGAAAAUAAUAUCAAUAGAAAUAAUAAUAAUAAUAAUCCAACAACCUCAAUUACACCUUAUUCAAAUUCUGUAACUAAUAAUAAUAAUAAUAAUAAUAAUAAUAAUAAUAAUAAUAAUAAUAAUAAUAAUAAUAAUAAUAAUAAUAAUAAUAAUAAUAAUAAUAAUAAUAAUAAUAAUAAUGAUGAAAAUAAUAAUAAUAAUAAUAAUAAUAACAAUAAUAUUAAAAUCAAUAGUUGUAAUAAUGAUGAAAAUAAUCAUAAUGAUGAUAAUAAUAAUAAUAAUGGCGAUGAAAAUUGUAAAGAUAUGGAAAUUAAAAAAGAGGAGGAAAUUUUUGAGGAAGAUGAUAAUUCAACCACUACAACUACUACAACUACAACAACUAAAACUACUGUAACUGUGGUUGUUAAAAAGAGUAAAAAUAAGGAAAAACAAUUGGAUGAAACAUCUCCUCCCCCUCUAAAGUCUCUAAAAAAAGAAGAUAGUAUUCCAAAUAUAAAUUCAAUCAAACUUCCAAGAGAUAAAGAAAUUAAAGAUUUAUUAUCAAGAUUAGAAGUGAAAUUAUCUGAAAUUGAUGAAAUUAAAUUGAAACUAUCAAAAUUUAGUGAAGAUUAA